AUGGCUUUCUGGAAAUUCGAAAAACAAAAAGCGACUAUGGCGGUGGACUACGCGCCGGUUCGGCAAGAUGCUGAGGACGACGAGCACGGCGGGACUCGGGUCACGUACACAACCACGCGGCCCGAGAUGAGGAAACCGCGUACUUGGCAGUUAUACCUUUUGGGCUUGGCAGCCGUGGCUCUCACCUUCAUCAUUGUCGACACCGGGGAAACCAUCGCACACCGGUAUUUCGGUGGCCGGCUCGUGGUGCGUGACCCGUUUGCGAACUGGGGCCAGUCGGGCAGCGGCACGGAGCAGCUUGCCUGGUACCCGACAGACUUCCUGCGGGACGUCAUCCCGGUGCCGUGCCACUCGCACAACGACUACUGGCGCACCGUUCCCGUCUUCACGGCGCUGUACGCCGGCUGCACGGGCGUCGAGGCCGACGUAUGGCUGCGCAACGGCGACCUCCUCGUCGGGCACGACACGGCCUCGCUACAGCCCAACCGGACGUUCCAAACGCUCUACGUCAACCCGCUGGUGGAGAUCCUACAGCACCAGAACCCGAAGACGGAGUUUUACGACGGCAACGACAACGGCGUGUUUGACACCGAUCCGGAGCAAACUCUCGUUCUGCUAGUGGAUAUUAAAACAGAUGGCGCUGAGACCUGGCCGUGGGUGGUCAAGCAGCUGACGCCCUUGAGAGAGAAAGGCUGGCUGAGCUACUACGACGAGGCAGACGGGCAAUUCCACCCGCGGCCCAUCACCGUCGUUGGGACAGGGAACGCGCCCUUUGACCAGAUCCUCAGCGGGAACAACAACACCCUACAACGUCGCGACGCCUUCUACGAUGCGCCGCUUAACAAGCUCGAAGAAGAAGACGGCAGCGGUAACGCAACCUACCACACGUACAACGCCACCAACUCGUACUACGCCAGCGUCGACUUCUGGCAUGCUAUCGGCGCCGUGUGGUGGCGCGGCGGGCCCAAUAUAACGCAGCUGGGUAAGAUCCGGUCGCAAAUCCAGGCGGCCAAGGAUCGCGGCCUGGUGUCGCGGUAUUGGGGCCUGCCGCCGUGGCCGAUUCAUGUGCGCAAUAAGGUGUGGGAGGUCCUGGUGGAGGAGGGGAUUGGGAUGUUGAAUGUGGAUGAUGUGAACGCGGCGACGAAGGAGGAUUGGACGAGGCCGGGGACGUUCUAG